AUGUUUUGGUUAACAAUCUUCGUGUUGGCUAUUGUCACUAAAGUGCAAUGUCAAUUAACUGCACAAUCGAGUGUUGCACCAGAGCUUAGAGAAUGUUACACAGAUCGUUUACUAAUAGACAGAAAUAAUUUACCACCGAUGACAAUACAAGUUUUAAUAGAUAUUAUACAACAAGUGGAGGAUAAUCCUAACGUGAAUGUGGAUUUAAGACAGCUUGUUAUUUUGCUGCUUCAAACAUAUCGUCAAGAUGGUAUCGAGUAUCACCAACCAGAGACGAAUAUGGCGUCACCGGGCGUUUUACCAUUUUCCCCUACUUUCCAUUCGUUUCAUCGCCACCGGAUUGUUCAAUCGAGAAUAAUUCAGGGAAAUCAACAAGUCUUACCAAAUAACACUCUAAAUUCAUAUCUAAAGUGUACUCUCCACCAUAUGUUAUCCACGGUUGUGGAUGCUCGGUUACGUGGAAAUGAAAAUCAAUGUAAUCAGCUUUCCCAAUAUCGAGCUUUACGGACGAGCCGUGAUUUAACACAACGUUUACUGAAAGAUGAGGUUGAAAUUCUGGACUUGAAAGCUAUGUCGUCUGUAGAUACGAAUGGACAGAUGAGGCAUAAUCCAAAAGAUGACGUGGAAUACAACGGCGUGGAUGGUUUAAAGUCUGAACGUCAGCUUCUGGGUGACAGCCAAUGUCCACUUUUAGGAGGUGUGGUAUAUACAAGGUGGGGUGCAGUUUCCGCUGGAAAUGUGCUUUCCGGUAUAGCUGGUGGCGCACAAUUACAAAGAGUUCCAGUGAGAGAACUUGUAAAAGGAUCUGUUCUUGAACACCCAAAUGUACAAGAAUAUGUUACAUCUACCUACCCAACUACACUCUCUGGUGACUUAGCGGAAGCUGUAUUGAUUCAAACAAGGAGAGGGAACCCUUCAGUUUCUAUCGGAGCAGCUGGGAACUGGAACUCAACACAGGCACCGAGAUAUUUUAUGCUACACAGCAGAACAAACUUGGAGAUGACCGACCCUGAGAUUAGAGGAGACGUAGAUGGAUUUGUUUUGGGCUCUAUUGUAACUUCAGCACUUGAGUCUUCCAGUUCGUUAAAAUUGUCUCAACUUUUAGAUAUGUAUUACAGCCCAAGGAACGGAGUGUUCGACCCAACGAGAAGAGCCUGCAAUCGUCGCGAUUUAAUUCAAGAAUUUAUAACCAACAACAACUUACCCAAUUUAAUAUCUGAAACGUACACAUUUAGUGCUGUUUUGGAUACCAAUAUGCUUUUACCUGGUACUAUAAUGAGGGGGCUGCAGGACCCGGUUGCUAGCGCUGUCAAUAACUUCCAGACGUACACAUCUAAUAACCUCAACGAUCUCAACUGCGUUGUGAGUGAAACCUCGCUUGAUUACCGACUUAAAACCAAUCUCUACAUCGUUCUUGACCUUUCCUGGCCAUAUCAAUCGAUAUAUCCUGCUAUUUCAUAUCUAUUAGACAGUAUUGAGGUUGGAAAGUAUGGAUCAAGUGUAACUCUAUUGAACGCUUUCGACGGUAGUGUUAUCGUAAACACAACAUUCUCCUUGUCUGAAUUCCAUUCUAACUAUACACAACAGACACAUUGGUCAUUACCCUCUGGUGUUAAUCUUGAAAGUACAUUAACAAAUAUUCGUAUAUCAAUGCACAGUCGGCUUGAAAACGAAAGAAUAGCUAACUACGUCGGUGGAAACUCGACAGUGCUUUUAUUCCUCAUCAACACAGCUAUAAACAAUAAUCAAGCUGUUUGGGAGCAAACAAGAAUACUUAACGAGACAGUGCCUGAUUUGAGAAUAUUGUUUGCAACAUCAACAAAUCAAUUCGAUAGGAUUUGGAAUUUAGUACGCGAUAUGCAUAAUGAUAUCAGUGUCAUCUCGUUAACUUCAGAUGGGACGAAUGUUGAAAAUAAUAUGAAUACAGUUCUGACAAAUAUUAGAAAGGUUGGACGAAGAGUAAUUAAUCCAGCCUGUGGAUCUACUUAUUCGGAUACACCAUCAGGAACUAGACAAUUUGACGACUACGUUGAACCAGGCUACGUAAACUUUUAUUCAAUCUCUCCGAAUUACUUCUUCCAUAAUAAUGAUAAUAGAAAAAUUCGCAUUUCAAGAACGGGGGCAGGAGUUGGAAACCUUAUAGUAUGUUGGUCCAGAAUGUAUUCCCAGCCCAGACAAAAUUCAUCAGUAGUUGUGGUCGAAGAAAAUGCUGUAACGUGUCAGACAUUAACCUCUGGUAAUGUGGAGAUUAGAUUGCAACACUUGUGCAGUGGAUUCUACACCAUAAACUCUUGUCCUUUCUUCUACUUCUCCGUACAGUCCGUUGUACCAACGCCAACGACAUUAUCUGCAAUUUGUACAGAAAACGCGUGUAGAUUCCCAUACAACAUCAGGUAUCAAGUGCAAAUAGAAGAAUUUGGAUGUUACAGUAGCGGUGCCUCUAUUGGAGUCAGCAUAGGCCUUCUACUUGUUACAAUUUUCUUAAACCUUCUUUAG